AUGGAGGUUCCAUUGGCUUGUCCACUCUGUAAUACUGGGAAUGAAAGUAUUUCACACUUGUUCUUACAAUGUGAUAUGUCUUCCUAUAUCUGGAAAAAGGUCCUAGCUUGGCAAGGGAUAAGCAGAAUGGUAAUGGAUUGGCAAGAGGAACUAAAGUGGGCUGAAGUUUAUGCAAGAGGAAGAAGAGUCGAGGCAGAGAUAUACAGAAUGGCUCUUGCAGCGAGUGUGUACUACAUUUGGAAAGAAAGAAACCAACGGGUAUUCCAAGAUCCUGAUGUUGGGGCAUCAUGUCCAACAGCCAGUUUGUUUCUUUUUUCUUGUGUACAUAUUUUUGAUUGUUUGACUGGAAAUGAACAGAAGGCUGCAGUCUUGCAGCUUCAUUACUCCAAUGCUAAGUGA